AUGAUGUCCUACAUCAAGCAACCACAUUAUGCGGUCAACGGGUUAACCUUGGCCGGGCCGGGCAUGGACUUGCUGCAUUCUGCUGUUGGAUACCCCAGUAAGUGCAUUUCCACUCCUGCAGCUACCCCUCGGAAACAAAGGCGUGAGCGCACGACCUUCACCCGAGCCCAGCUGGAUAUCCUAGAGGCGCUCUUCGCCAAGACCCGUUACCCGGACAUCUUCAUGCGCGAAGAAGUGGCACUGAAGAUCAAUCUGCCCGAAUCCAGAGUACAGGUCUGGUUUAAAAACAGACGAGCCAAAUGCCGUCAACAGCAACAGCAGAGCAGUGGGCAGGCCAAGGCACGCCCAGCAAAGAAGAAGACCUCCCCUGCCCGGGAGACCAGCUCAGAGACCAGCACUAACGGGCAGUACAGCCCUCCACCAACCGGCACUUCGGUCACGCCCAGCUCGAGUGCAAGUGCCACUGUGUCCAUCUGGAGCCCAGCCUCCAUCUCACCCAUCCCAGACCCCCUUUCCUCCUCCACUACACCCUGCAUGCAACGCUCCACUGCUUACCCCAUGACUUACACCCAGGCACCUGGCUACACCCAGACCUAUGCCGGUUCUACCUCCUACUUCAGCGGCCUUGACUGCAGCUCCUACCUGUCCCCCAUGCACCCGCAGCUGUCUGCACCCGGAGCUGCCCUGAGCCCCAUCGCCACUCCAACCAUGGGCAGUCACCUGAGCCAGUCGCCGGCGUCCCUCUCCAGCCAGGGCUAUGGCACAGCUGGGCUGGGCUUCAGCUCGGUGGAUUGCCUAGACUACAAGGACCAGGCGGCGUCCUGGAAGCUCAACUUCAAUGCCACCGACUGUUUGGAUUACAAAGAUCAAAGCUCUUGGAAGUUCCAGGUCUUGUGA